CGGCCUCUAGCGGCUGUGGAUAGUACGGCGUUCCGGUGUCUAUGGAGACUAGAGGACGCCGGUGGAGGAGAUCAGUGAGCCGGGCGAUGUGUGACGUUCCGAGGAGGAGAAAUGACUCGGAGGAUCUUGCUGGGGUUUGAUGCCUUAGAUAAGUAUUCCCGAGACGUCCUGUCCAAGCAUGCCAAGAACCAGACCCCGAGCUGCCUGCAAGGUCUUCACUCCCUACAGAUUCCUUUGACCUUCGACUUUGGACUGGAAGGGGAUCAAAACGCAGACAGGGAGUCGGCCCGCAGCAAACCGCCGCUUGAGAUGCCCGCAGCAUUAUCUCCGAGGAAUAAAAUCGUCCCUGGCUAUGCACAGCCGGUAAUACAACCUUUCGCUGCCACUGCUGAUCAUUCUCUGCAGAAAGAGAGAAAAGCGAAGAAGAUUGAGAAGACGAGAUGUGUUUCUGCAACCAGAAGGAGGAAUUGGCAGAGUGAGGUGGACUCUGUCCCGAAGCUGGGCACUCUGUGUCUGGAGGACAACCUGCCCAUACUGGCACUUCAGGAUGUUUCAUUUGUAUCUCCCAGAUCACCACCACCACCAGUGGUUCGCCCCGACAUGUACUUUAAUGUUGGCAGCACUGGCAACACCAUGGAACUUACAUGUGACUCCAGGCAAUAUAAUACAAAUGUGGACAGAGUCUCUCUGAGCAUUGAUGAUGAAUUGAUAAAAUCUGAUGUGAAAGUGAUUACACCCAGAGAGAAGACACGCAGGGCUCACAUUGAGACUGCGAUUGACACAAAGCCAGACGCAUACCAGAAGGAAAACAUGUUUGUCUCCUUCAGCACAUUAUCUGACCUACAAAAGAACGUUCCUGCAAAGCAAAUCCAUUUCUCCAGCAGCCAAUGGCCAGCAGAUAGAGUACGGCCUACAACGGGGACGGGUUUAGUUACUCAGAACCAUACGAACUACGCCAAGGAUCUAAUGAAUAACAGACAAACUAAGUCACCCUCUUCCACUUUAAGGAACAAAACCAUUAAAAGGUCAUUGUCGGCUAAUGUGAAGUUAAAUAUACAAUUUUUAUCUGCAGAUGGGACCAAACAGAAGGCUGAAUUACUAAGGGAAGAGAAAGAACCUACAGACAGACACUUCCGGUAUAGAGAAGUCAAAAAGAUUUGGCAGGAAAGCAAACCAUGCCCAAAACCUGGCCUGUCCUGGGAGGAAAGGGCUCAGCUGGGAACCGUCCUAAAUGGAGUAAACCCCAAGAAGACGGUAGACUACGACCCAGGUUCCCAUUCCAGGACACAGCAAGCCUCAAAGUCCUCUGGUUCAAGUAGUUCAAGACCGUCCAUGCCAAGGCCAACCAGUGUGGUGGAAAUGCAAAGAUGGAGCUAUAUAACCAUCUCAAAGCCUCUGUCUCCACCAGAACUCCAACAAGGCUCUUCGGAGGUUGGCAGUUUAUUUCCAGCUGUAGCUCCUCAUCUUAUAAAAGAUUCUCCAAGAUCUGGGAGAAGACGUGAAAAUUCUGCCAACACUCUUUCCACGAGAUCCCUGGUAUUGGAGGGCAGAAAAGGAAGACAAAGUUCCCUGCCAGUGGAAAAACAUCCACAGGGAGUAGAAAUCCAGACCCAACAAGCGGAGGAGAUAACGUCACCUUCUCCCAGACGAGACAACGGAACACAACAAGGUGACAACUUCAUAAGUUCAUCACGGUCACCUCCAUUGCCUGGGAAACCCGAGAUGGAAAGUCCUGUCCAGGAAUUCAGCCGCAAGCAAUCAAAAAAAUCUGCUAUCUUUACCGCCCAUCAUACUACAAUUCCAGUUAUCAGCAUCCCAACAGCACAAACAGACACUUCAGAAUAAAUGUUCCCAUCCGAUAUUUUACAGAAUUUUGUUUGCCUUAAAAUAUAUUUUUUACAUAUUUAA